AUGCACUUACUUAUUUUUUUCAGCAAAAUCAUUCAAUUAGUGGAGCAUUUCGACUAUCAUGGACAUUGCUGUCUGGUCUUCAAAUUAUAUGGUCUCAGUGUUUUUGAUUUCCAGAGGAAAUACAAUUUUCGACCGUACCACAUUGAGGAUACAAGGCACAUUAUGUAUCAAAUUUGCUAUGCGGUAAAAUUUCUACACGAUAACAAGCUGACGCAUACUGACCUCAAGCCGGAAAACGUUCUGUUUGUUUGUGAUGAUUGUUAUACUGAAAAAGUGGGAAAUCUAACCUUUCAUCGACCGAAAAAUACAAACGUACGGCUCAUUGACUUAGGGUCUGCAACGUUCAACAAUGAACACCAUUCCGCCAUUAUUUCGACUCGUCAUUAUCGAGCUCCCGAGGUUAUACUAGAUCUCGGUUGGUGGCAGCCAUGUGAUACGUGGUCAUUGGGUUGCAUAUUGUACGAGCUUCAUCGUGGUGCGACUCUCUUCCGUACGCACAGUAAUCGAGAGCAUCUGGCGAUGAUGGAACGAGUCUGUGGUCAUAUCCCUCUACGAAUGAUUCGCAAGACAAGGACGAAAUAUUUUCACAAUGACGUAUUGGAUGUUACUGGAACGGACGAAAGCUUUAUUCGGGACACAUGUGCCAAUCUUGUGUUAUCUGACAAAACUCUUUCAUUGAAGCGAAAAAUCGAGGAUUCUGACGUUGAAGAACGCGAGUUAUUCGAACUGAUGCACAGCAUGAUGCAGUUUGAGCCAGCUGCCCGUAUAACAAUGGCCGAUGCUUUACAGAGCCCUUUCUUCGCACGAAUUCCUGAGAAUAAAAGGAUACCUGGAAUCCAUCCACCUAACCCGACUCGGAGACCGGGUAUCAUGGACCCGUUGUAUCGUGGUGCACGUGGUCGCACUGGUGAAAUACCUGAAGAAGGAGAAGCAGAUUAA